CUCUCUAUCGGCCCGACACAGCAGCAUGGCGGCGGUGGAGACACGGGAGUGUGAGACGGAAGGUUGCUGCAGUGAAGCCAAACUCCAGUGUCCCACCUGCAUCAAACUCGGGAUUCAAGGCUCAUACUUCUGCUCUCAGGCUCGUUAAAGUGAAAUAAAAACAGAGGACAUGUAUCCGAAAGGUCGUCUUUAUCAUCUGGUGCUGCGCAUGAAGGAGUGUUUCAAAGGCAGCUGGGCCACCCAUAAAGUGCUCCACAAAAAAGCAAAGGAAGAUCAAAUAAAAGAUGAAGGCAAGAACUGUGUGGAGAAGGAAAUCAACACAGACCCAUGGCUUGGCUACAGAUACACUGGCAAACUGCGACCCCACUAUCCACUGACACCAAUGCGGCUUGUUCCCAGCAACAUUCAGAGACCAGACUAUGCAGAUCAUCCGUUGGCUGCAGAGGUUGGGUUGUUGGCAGGGAUGUCUGAGUCAGAACAGUCCAUGAAGGGGACAUCUCAGAUAAAGAUCCUCAAUGCGGAAGAGAUUGAGGGCAUGAGAGUUGUCUGCAAGCUGGCUCGAGAAGUGCUGGACAUUGCUGCCAUGAUGGUGAAAUCUGGGGUGACAACGGAGGAGAUCGACCACGCAGUGCAUUUGGCGUGUACAACUAGGAAUUGUUACCCAUCUCCUCUGAACUACUACAACUUUCCCAAGUCCUGCUGCACCUCUGUCAAUGAAGUCAUCUGUCAUGGAAUACCUGACCGUCGCCCCCUACAGGAUGGGGACAUACUUAACAUUGACAUAACGGUUUACCACAAUAGUUACCAUGGAGAUCUGAAUGAAACCUUUUUUGUGGGCGAGGUGGAUGAGGGAGCCAAGAGAUUGGUUCAGACCACUUAUGAAUGUCUUAUGCAGGCCAUCGACUCGGUGAAGCCUGGUAUCCGCUAUCGUGAACUGGGGAACAUCAUUCAAAAACAUGCGCAGGCUAAUGGUUUCUCUGUGGUCCGGAGCUACUGUGGCCAUGGCAUCCACAAACUGUUUCACACUGCACCCAAUGUACCGCACUAUGCCAAGAAUAAAGCAGUAGGAGUGAUGAAGCCUGGCCAUGUGUUCACUAUUGAGCCCAUGAUCUGCGAAGGUGGCUGGCAAGACGAGACGUGGCCAGAUGGUUGGACGGCAGUCACUCGCGACGGAAAACGCUCGGCCCAGUUCGAACACACGCUCCUCGUGACGGAGACCGGCUGCGAAAUCCUCACGCGUCGUCUGGAGGAUAAUGGCCACGCUCACUUCCUGUCCCAAAUGUAGGAUGGUGGGGUCGUAUCAGCCCUAUUCUGCAGUGGAGGAUACAACAGCUCCGCCCCAUAUCACCGAUCAGCCAAUCACACUGGUUCUCUGUUGGGCUGGAGAUGAUUGGCCAUGUGGCCGUGUCAGCGGAUUUGGGUGGGAAGAGGAGAUUUGUUAACUUCUGAAUGUGUCACCUGACAGUCACAUUAAUUCAGCUUGGAUCUGAGAAAAGGCGCUGGCCUUUAACUCUGUUACUCUGUCUACAUGGGAUGCAGAAUUAUCUGUGUGUGUGUGUGUUUGAGUCAGAGCGUCAGCUGUGUGGACUCUGCCGUCUCAUUCUGCUUCAGUGUGUUCGUAUGGCUGGCUCGUUGCAGUGUACGGUUAUUAUUAUUAUUUUUUGGUGAGCCAUUGAAGUUUGAGAUGCAACGAGUAAUAGAAUAUACAUAGUAAAACACUGGAGGCUCUCCAAAUGAUAUCAGAACAGAUAUAUUCACAGUUAGAAUGCAUCGUGACAAUGAACAUUGUAAAACUGUUUCUACCAGCGUUCAUAAGGUCCACUUAAAUCAGUCGUGUUUUCUCUACGAACACCUAGACGUGAACAUUUGGUUAAAAACAAUGUUUUUUUAUGCUUUGUGAAGGGGGGAUAGUUUCUCUGAAAAGGUCCUCUCACUGCAGUUGUCUUUGGUCAAUGAAAAGAUGAUUUUUGUUUGUCUCUAGCGAUAAAAUCCGAAGGAGAAGAGAAUCCCAUAUAAAAAUAAGGCUGAAAAGCAGUUGUAGGCCUUGCGUCAUUGAUGCUCUCUGUAUGUUUAAUGCAUCUCAUGAAAUCAUCUUCAGUGUUUCGGAAUUCAAGCUGAAUAAAAGUAUAUUUUCUCCUUUA